AUGUCUGCCACCGCCCUCCUGUCGCGCGCCGGCGCCCAGCUGGCCUCGAGGGGCCCCAUUGCCCUGCGCGCCGCCUUGGCGAGACGCACACCCGCCCUCUCGGCCCUCGCCCGCUACUAUGCCUCCUACCCCGCCCACACCGUCGUCAGCAUGCCCGCCCUGUCGCCCACCAUGACCGCCGGCAACAUUGGCGCGUGGCAGAAGAAGGUCGGCGACUCCAUCGCCCCCGGCGACGUCCUCGUCGAGAUCGAGACGGACAAGGCCCAGAUGGACUUUGAGUUCCAGGAGGAGGGCACCAUUGCCAAGAUUCUCCGCAACGCCGGCGACAAAGACGUCGCCGUUGGCAGCCCCAUCGCCGUCAUGGUCGACGAGGGCGAGGACGUCUCUGCCUUUGAGACCUUCUCCAUCGAGGACGCUGGCGGCGACAAGAAGCCCGACACGCCCGCCAAGCAGGGCAACGCCGCCGAGGCCAGCGAGCCCGCCGACACAGGCUCCCAGACCGCGCCCCCCAAGCAGCACGCCGCCCCCGUCUCCCAGGAAUCCGACUCGACCGGCAACCGCCUCGAGACGUCGCUCCAGCGCCAGCCCGCCUACUCGCCCGCCGUCAAGAAGCUCGCGCUCGAAAAGGGCGUGCCCCUGGGCUCCAUCAAGGGCUCCGGCCGCGGUGGUGCCAUCACCAAGGAGGACGUCGACAGGUACAAGCCCGCUGGCGGUGCCCCUGCCACCGCCGCCGCCCCCGCGGCCGCUUCGUACGAGGACAUCGAGGCCACGAGCAUGCGCAAGGUCAUCGCUACCCGCCUGACCGAGUCGAUGCAGCAGAACCCUCACUACUUUGUCGCCUCGACCAUGUCCGUCUCCAAGCUGCUCAAGCUGCGCGAGGCCCUCAACGCCUCGGCCGACGGCGCCUACAAGCUGUCCGUCAACGACCUGCUCGUCAAGGCCCUCGCCGUCGCCGCCCGCAAGGUCCCCGCGGCCAACUCGUCGUGGCGCGAGAUGGACGGCAAGGUCAUCAUCCGCCAGCACAACGUCGUCGACGUCUCCGUCGCCGUCUCCACCCCCGUCGGCCUCAUGACGCCCAUUGUCAAGAACGUCAACGGCCUCGGCCUGCAGUCCAUCAGCAGCCAGAUCAAGGAUCUCGGCAAGCGCGCCCGCGACGGCAAGCUCAAGCCUGAAGAGUACCAGGGCGGCUCCAUCACCAUCUCCAACAUGGGCAUGAACCCCGCCGUCGAGCGCUUCACCGCCGUCAUCAACCCCCCGCAGGCCUGCAUCGUCGCCAUUGGCACAACAAACAAGGUCGCCGUCCCCGGCGACGUCGACGACAACGGCACACCGACAGUCGCCUGGGACGACCAGAUCGUCAUCACCGGCUCCUUUGACCACAAGGUCGUCGACGGCGCCGUCGGUGGCGAGUUCAUGAAGGAGCUCAAAAAGGCCAUUGAGAACCCUCUCGAGCUUCUGUUGUAG